AUGCCUAUUGAAACCCAGCCAAGUGACCUUGACAAGGACUUCGAGUCGUUUGUAAAUGAAACAAUGCACUUGACAAAGGAAGGCAUUGCUGGCACUGAUAUUCUUUCCCAAAGAGAUCCAAGUGCUCCUGAGUUUCUUUGUUUUGAUCAUUUGACAAUGUACGUUGGUUGUGUUAGCACAACCGCCAGCUUCUUCAUUAACCAACUCGGCUUUGUUCCUUACUGCUACAAGAGUCUUGAAACAGGCUCAAGAGAUGUCAUGGGAAAAGUACUUGUUAACGGAGAUAUUGCCAUUCAACUUCUUUCUCCUUUGAGAGAAGCUUCUGAGGUUGGCGGUAAAGUCUCCGAUUUGCUUGACGAAAUCCACGAUCACCUCAAAAAGCAUGGUGAUGGCAUCAAAGACAUCGCCUUGAGGGUUUCCGAUUGUGCCGCCGCAUAUGAUUAUGCCGCUCGCAAUGGUGCCAAGUUAUUGUCUGGGGUUGAGGAAUACAGGGAUGAAAAUGGCAGAAUCUUCAAGGUUGCAAAGGUGGGAACUGCUUGCGAUGUUGUUCAUACUUUUAUCCAACGCGAUCAAGGAUUCCAUGGAUUCUUACCGGGUUACAUCUUCUACGAAGAAGGGCAGUAUCCAAUGCCUGAAACGGGUGCUCCCCUGGUCAACUUGGUUAAGAUUGACCAUUGCGUUCAGAACCACGACUGGGAUAAAAUGUUGGAAACCUGCGAGUUCUACCGAAGAGCGUUUGGAUUCCAUCAAUUCUGGUCCGUUGACGAAAAGCAGAUAUCCACAGAAUACUCAUCUCUACGUUCAAUCGUCAUGACCUCUGCAAAUGACGAGGUCAAGAUUCCCAUCAACGAACCAGCCAAGGGUCUUUGCAAGUCGCAGAUUGAGGAGUUUUUGAUCUUCAACUCCGGUCCAGGUGUUCAGCACAUUGCGUUUCUGGUUGAUGAUAUUGUUUCCGUUGUAAAAGCAAUGAGAGCACGUGGUGUCACAUUUGUUAGCAUUUCGGAUGCUUACUAUGACUCUCUUGCAAAAAGACUAGCGAAUGCUAGUGUUCAUGUUCAAGAGCCAUUUGACGCAAUCAAGAAGCUGCGGCUUUUGGUUGAUUACGACGAACAUGGUUACUUGCUCCAGAUCUUCACGAAGCCUCUGUUUGACAGACCAACGGUUUUCUUCGAAAUCAUCCAACGCCACAACCACAACGGUUUCGGCGCCGGAAACUUCAAGUCUCUGUUCGAAGCAUUAGAGGCAGAUCAAAGUGCUCGGGGGAAUCUCAACUGA